UCCUGCAGACACCUGCUACAGGCCCUGGCUGCUUGCAGAGAAGGCUGCUAGACUUGUAGAUUUGUGCUGUUUGUCCCUGAAAGGAGCUCUGCGAUGCAGCUUGAAACAGCAGGGUGUGUUACUGCAUUGAACAGGUGAAUGUUAGUUUGUGCCAGAGUGAGGAUGCAGUUUGUUCUGAUUCUGAGCUCUUUAAUGCUGCAGUUCUGGCUGUUCUUCCUGCCUUCUGGCAGGUCAUCCCUCAUUCUGCAUCAUCCCUGAACAUGAGCCUGCCAAAACAGCGACGGAAGGUCUCCUGCUCCAUGCUAAACUGCUUUGGUGAGGAUGGCCCUGCAAGCUUGGAAUAUAUUCAGGCCAAGGAUCUGUUCCCCCAGAAACAGCUGGUAAAGGAAGAAGAAAGUUUGCAGGUUCCAUUCCCUGUACUUCAAGGUGAGAGUGUGGAGUACCUUGGUCGUGCAGAUGAUGGCAUCAUUGCCAUUUCAAAUUAUCGCCUUCAUAUCAAAUUCAAGGACUCUGUCAUCAAUACUCAUCAGCAAUGGGUAGAAAAUGAAAUUUCCAUUCCAGGGCGCUGGAUAGAUGGGGUAAGAAGCAGAAAUAUAGUUGGACUGCAUCUUGCAUUAUUAGUAUGUUCAGAUUCCAAGGUGGUAAGGUGCCACUUCUCCACUUUUAAACAAUGUCAAGAGUGGCUGAAGAGGUUAAGUAGAGCAAUAGCACACCCAUUGAAGUUGGAAGAUCUUUUUGCAUUUGCAUAUCAUGCCUGGUGCCUUGGAGUCUAUACUGACGAAGAGGAUCAGCACGCACAUCUUUGCCAGCCUGGAGACCAUGUGAAACACAGAUUUGAGAUGGAAGUUUCCAGGAUGGGUUUUGACAUGCGAAAUGCCUGGAGAAUUUCAGAUAUUAACAGUAACUUUAAGCUGUGUUCAAGUUAUCCCCAGAAAAUAAUUGUACCUGUCUGGAUUACUGAUAAAGAGUUGGAGAAGGUAGCUUCCUUUCGGUCUGGUAAACGGAUCCCAGUUGUUGUUUAUAGACACCUGCGAAAUGGUGCAGUCAUUGCUCGCUGUAGUCAGCCUGAAGUCAGCUGGUGGGGAUGGAGAAAUGCAGACGAUGAGUAUCUUGCAACAUCCAUUGCUAAAGCAUGUGCAUUUGACUCUGGGUCAAGAACAUCUGGUAACAGUAGUGGUGUCAAAAACAAGAAUGAGGGCGAUGAGACUUGUGAUGCAGACUUUGAUUCCUCACUGACUGCAUGUUCCAAUGCUGAAAAUAGUGGAUCCUCACAGAAGCUGCUGAUCUUGGAUGCCAGGUCUUAUACAGCUGCUGUUGCCAACAGGGCCAAAGGUGGAGGAUGUGAGUGUGAAGAGUACUACCCAAACUGUGAGGUUGUAUUCAUGGGAAUGGCUAAUAUCCAUGCAAUAAGGAACAGCUUCCAAGCAUUGCGGGCUGCAUGCAGCCAGAUGCCAGAUCCAAGCAAUUGGCUGUCAACUCUUGAGGGUACAAAGUGGUUGCAGCACCUCUCCAUUAUGUUAAAAGCUGCCACCUUAGUAUCAAAUGCAGUUGAUCGAGAAGGCCGUCCAGUUCUAGUCCACUGCUCAGAUGGCUGGGAUAGGACUCCACAGAUUGUUGCUCUGGCAAAGCUUUUACUGGACCCGUUUUAUAGGACAAUUGAGGGUUUCCAGGUGCUAGUGGAAACAGAGUGGUUGGAUUUUGGUCACAAGUUUGGAGAUCGCUGUGGUCACCAGGAAAAUCUGGAAGAUCAGCAUGAACAAUGCCCAGUGUUCCUGCAGUGGCUAGACUGUGUUCAUCAGUUAAUGAAACAGUUUCCUUGCCUUUUUGAAUUUAAUGAGGCUUUUCUGGUGAAGCUUGUGCAACACACCUACUCUUGUCUGUAUGGAACCUUCCUGUGUAACAAUCUUUGUGAGCGGGAGCAGGCAAAUGUCUACAAACGCACUUGUUCAGUGUGGUCCUUGCUGAGAACAGGAAAUAAGAACUUUCAGAACUUCCUUUAUAUCCCAGGCAAUGAGACUCAGCUCCUUCAUCCCAUAUGUCAUGUCCGUGCACUCCAUCUCUGGACUGCGGUGUACUUACCAACAUCCUCUCCUUGCACACCUGCAGAGGAAAGUAUGGAGCACUACCUCCCCAUGAGCCCGCAGAACCAAGAACUGUGUGCGCGAUCACUGGACAGAUUUCCAAAAACCCGUUCAGUGGACAACUUAUUGGCAGCCUGUGAAGGUGAAGGCACUGCCCCCUUGACACGCACUUCAAGUGACCCCAACCUGAACAAGCACUGUCAGGAUGGACAGGGAAUUAAGGAUAGUGUUGAGGCAACAGUUCCAGUUCCAGAAGAUGAUACAGGACCUACACCUGAUCAGGAAAAUUCUAGUACUGAAGAAAUAGUAGAGAAAGGCCAACAAUCAGCUGAUCCAAAAGGAAGUGAAGAAAGAAAUGAGAACUGUAACAUAGCAGAAGAUAGUUAUCAAAGUUUACAGCCUCCUGGUAAUCCCAAAACUUCACAAGAAUUAAGCAGGGUUACUCACAGUGACUUAACUCAAAGUCAUAAUGUAGCCAAAGAGGUGCUCAAAGCUGGUCCACUCAUCUGUGAUGAAUCGAGACAGUACAGGACUAAUGAGCAAGGUGCUGCUAAUGUGUAUUUGCACAAGAAUUUGUAUACAGACAGGCACUCGCCAAGUAAUUGUGUAUGUCCUUGUGAAUAUUCUGUACUAGAAGUUAAAUAUGGAUUGGGACAGAGUGAUUACUAUUGCAAAAACUGUGCCAUAGUGAACCGGCAGCAUGCCAGUUCAGAAAAUACUAGGGUUAGAAAAGGCCAGUGUGAACAUUUAAGGACUUGUAAAAGGCACGUUUCUCAGAGUCAGUUGUCUGACUUUUCCUUGCUAGCUUCAAACUGGGAAAGCUGCUUUCCAGGAAUGGUUGUGUCUGUGCCUAACAGUGAACUAGGGCAAAGGCAAGCUUUUUCUACUUGUUUCAAUCAAAAACUGAGUAACAAGCAUCUCCGUGGGGUUGCAUCCUCAUUUAUGGCACAGCACUUCCACAAAGACAGCACUAGGCAUUUAGGGCACAGUAAUUCUAGUAUGUGCUCUGUAGCAGUAUCUGCAAAAAACCCUCGCUGUUUCCUAGCAUGUCAUUGUAAAUAUGCAGGAACAGCUAGACAACUAUCUGCCACCUGCUGUUCCUCUCCCUCCCCGCCUUCACACCUGGAUGAGGAUGGCCUUCCAAUCCCUGCUGAUGUGGUCCAGCAGCGGCUGCGACAGAUUGAAGCUGGUUACAAACAGGAGGUAGAGCUGCUGCGUCGGCAAGUGAGGGACUUGCAGAUGAGACUGGAGAGCCGGCCUUGCCAUACUGUGCCUACAGAGCCUGAAGUGGACUACGAGGAUGAUUUUACUUGUCUAAAAGAAUCAGAUGCCAGUGAAGAUGAAGAGUCUGUUUCAGGUCACAGUGAAGAGUGGCUUUCUGAAGCAAGCUGGGAGCCCAUCAACAGAAAAGAUACAGAGGUAACACGGUGGGUCCCUGACCAUAUGGCAAGCCAUUGCUUUAACUGUGACAGUGAGUUCUGGUUAGCCAAGCGCAGGCACCACUGCAGGAACUGUGGUAAUGUAUUCUGUGCCAGCUGUUGCCACCUGAAAGUGCCCAUUCCUGAUCAGCAGCUGUAUGACCCUGUCCUAGUGUGCAACUCCUGCUAUGAUAACAUUCAGGUAUCCUGUGCCAGGGAGCUUAUGAGUCAGCAGUUGAAGAAACCCAUCGCUACAGCAUCCAGCUGAGUAGAGCAACCAGUGAGAACCUGCAAGUUCUAGAGCUUGAUUUGUGACCUGCUCAGCCCUUAAAGCCUGGCAAUACCACAGCAGUAUCUGAAACGGGUGAACAGAGGGGAUGUACUGACUUGGGCACAGUUUAAUUGCACUUUUUUCCACUGUGUACAUUUCAGACUCUGAGAUCAAGAAUAGCUCUAACAGUGGUGGGACAGCACUCCCUUGACUGAGGAUAAGUCUCUGAAAAGAUACUUAUGUCUGAUGCUAGCUGGACAUGGUUUGUCUGUAUUGCACUGCUGGGUUUGGGCAUGCCCAAUUUGUUUUAAGAGGCAAAAGCUUUGGAAAUAAAGAUGUUUCCAGUUUUUCUGACAGUUGUAGAACAGUAUGGUUUUAGGAAAUGAAAGCUUUGGAAAUCAGGAUGUUCGUUUUUCUGACAGCCAUAGAACAAUACCAUCAAAUGCAUGACAUCACCGAUAAAGCUGGUGUCCGGAAAUGAUUUGUAUGCACUUGUGUUGAGAAAGAUGAAGACUACUUGUUCAUGUCACAUUUUGUCUCUCUCUUCAAAUUCCUAUCCAUUGUACUUAUUUCAGAGUUUAUUUUUAAUUUUUAAAGCAUAGGUGUAAUGUAUAUCUUGAAGCAGCAAGCAUACAGUCCGUGAUUUGUGAACAUUAUAUAUUUGGUUAGAAUCAUUGAGACUUAAGUUGCAUACUUGUGAAUCAGGAAAAGGGUAUUGGACGUGAGCCCACCAUGAAGAACAUAGCUGACUCUGAUAUUUAACUAUAGCAAGCAUGAAUGUUCAGUUUUCUACUCAUUCAGUGAGUUGAGGGGGACCAUAGGACUUGAAGACAAAUGGAACUGAGAUUUUUUGCAAAUACCAUUGCUUCUUUGAAUUCUGCACAUUUCUUUGCCCUUACUGUACUGAAUUCAACAGUAUAUGAUUUAAUAUUCUCCAUCUAUUGUGAAUUUGUGCAAUAGGACAAUAAGUAAUUCCAUUGCUUCACUGGCGACAGACGUAUAGUAAGCACUCUGUUCACAUUGUUAACUUGUGCUCUCACGCCUGGUAUUUUCUUCCUGCCCUUUAAUAACCAAGUGCUGACUCUGCCUGCUGAUCCAAAUUACUGGAAAGUCACUAUAUUAUGUUUGAAGUGGUGCAGUGUACAGUAUUUUGGCUGUCUUUUUCAGGGGCUUAAUUAUAAAGUGAUAUGCUGCUAAUGUGA